AUAGGAUGAAAGCAUUUUAUAUGAUGUCAUAACUUUCCGGUCAUACAUAUAAGGCGCGACUAACUCUAUGAUUUGGAUCUCAGCGAUGUUAUAAUUCUGUUAUUAUCGACAAUUUGUUUCGAAAAGAAAACGAAUUGAGUGUCACGAGAGCUGCUCAAGCAUCAAUAAUUGUUAGGAAUUACUAGUAAUCGAAACUUUGGCGUUCCAUAUUCCUGCUUCAAAUGUCAUCUCCUGCCGAAUUCUACAAUUCACUCCCACCUAUAAGCAAGGCUUAUGGUACGUUGUGUUUGGCAGCUACAACACUAGCCACAUUGAAGCUAUUGCCUAUUUACUAUAUUGCAUUGAUCUAUGGGGAAGUGUUCUAUCGUCUUCAGGUGUGGAGGCUGGUUACAAAUUUCAUCUUUCUUGGCCCGUUCUCUAUAAAUUUUGGGAUCCGUCUAUUAAUGAUAUUAAGAUAUGGAGUUCAAUUGGAAAAUGGACCAUUUAACAGGCGCACAGCAGACUUCCUAUGGAUGAUGAUAUUUGGAUCAUCGGUACUUUUGGUAUUGGCUGCCAUUCCUUUCUUUGAGUCGUUCUUUAUGGGGGUGUCACUGGUGUUUAUGCUCCUCUAUGUGUGGAGCAGAGAAUUUCCAACUGCCAAUAUCAACAUAUAUGGCCUUGUGCAACUUAAGGCAUUCUAUUUGCCAUGGGCCAUGCUUGCUCUGGAUGUCAUAUUUGGUUCACCAAUUUGGCCAGAUCUGUGUGGAAUUUUAGCAGGGCAUCUGUAUUACUUUCUCACAGUCCUACAUCCUUUGGCUGGAGGAAAGAACAUAUUGCAGACUCCAAUGUGGUUACGUAAAAUCGUUGCAAGGUAUAGAAUUGGAGCUCCAGCAAGUACCCAGCCUCAAACAACCAGCAACACCAGUGGAGUAUUUAGAGGAAGAUCUUACCGUGUCGGUGGGUAAUUUUGUUAUUUUCUGUCUUUAUUCUUGAGCAGUUGUAUGUUAAACCCAAAGACAUUUUGAUACUAACAAGGCAGAAUAUGUAGAUCAGUGUAUCUAAGUUCAUUGACUACUUACAUUUCGUUCCAAGCAAUAGCAUAGCAGAAGUGUCUA